AGAGGCCGAGGAGGACGAAGACAACAGGCUGUGCCAGAUGCAAUUCGGGCUACACUUGUGGACCAUGUGGUCAACCAUGGCCUCACAAUGGCAGAGGCAGGUCGUCGAGUUCAGCCUAAUGUGCCACGCUCUACAGUGUCCUCGAUCAUCCAAACAUUCCGCAGGGAAAACAGGUAUGUGCUCAGUCAACUAUGGAAUAAUUGGUGGUAGAGUUACUAACUGUAGUAUUCAAAUGUAUUGAACUAAAGUAAAAGUAAAACAACUAAAUACAAAUGGUAAUAGUGUCUAUUUGUGAAUUCUAAUGUCUAGGAUUGCAAGACAACCUGGUGCGGGUGGCAGAAGAGCAAUUUUCAGCCAACAACAGGAACAGGAAAUUUGCAAUAUUGUCGUGGCCAACAAUUCCAUCACACUGCGAGAAAUCCGGACCACAAUCCUAGAGGACAAUGCUGGCAUCUUCCAAAACGUAAACGCUGUCAGCAUCUCGACAAUUGACAGGGUCCUGAUUAAAAAUCUGAUGAGCAUGAAGCAACUCUACAGAGUUCCAUUUGAAAGGAACUCUGAGAGAACCAAGGAGUUGCGCUAUCAGUAUGUACAGAGAAUAAUGGAGCUGGAGGCGAAUGAGAACCCUCACACCCUCAUUUUUGUUGAUGAAGCUGGGUUCAACCUGGCCAAAGGAAGACGGCGUGGCCGGAAUGUCGUUGGCCACCGGGCAACGGUGGAUGUCCCAGGACAGCGCGGGGGCAACAUCACUAUGUGUGCUGCAAUUUCAGAAAAUGGUGUAGUCACUCACAUUCCAAGUAUUGGCCCAUACAACACCCAGAAGCUCCUAGUGUUCUUGGACCACCUGCAUGCUGAUCUUAUCCCUCUACAUGAGGGGGGUUUGGUAGGGCCUCACUUGCCUACAUAUGUGAUUGUGUGGGACAAUGUGAGCUUUCACCGUGGCCCACUCAUUAGGGCGUGGUUCACUGCCCAUCCAAGAAUGCUGAUGGUGCUCCUAUCGCCUUACUCCCCAUUCCUCAAUCCUAUUGAGGAGUUUUUUUCUGCAUGGCGGUGGAGGGUGUAUGAGCAUCGGGCUCUAAACCAGAGGUCUCUUCUCCAGGCAAUGGAUGCUGCUUGUGUCGAUGUCACAGCAGAUCAGUGCAGGGGAUGGUUGAGGCAUGCACGGCGAUUCUUCCCCCGUUGCAUAGCAAGGGAGAAUAUCAGAUGCGAUGUUGAUGAAAAUCUGUGGCCAGACAGACGUGAGCGCGAGGAUGAGCAGGAGAGUGAGGAUGAACUCCAGCUUUGAACUCCAGCUUUGCUUUACUUUCCUACUGUAUUUUAUUUUUGAUGUGCUUUUUUUUACAGUAUUUUUUGCUGUACACAUUUUCUGUUUCUGUUUUGCAAUUACUGUAACAAUUUCCAUGGCAGUAUAAGUGCAAUACAGUAUGUGAUGUGAAACCUUGUUGGCUCCUCUUUUUUCUGUUUGAUACACAUAUUAUUCUGGAA